ACAGAGGAAGGAGCAGAAGAACAGAAGGAGAAAGUAGAUAUAAUUAGAGGACAGUGUUUAUUUAUCUUUAUUAAUUUAUCUGUUAUCUGUAUAAUAUUAUAAUUACCGCUGUGUGUGCUGCUGUAUGAUUAGAGCAGUGAAGCGGGAGCGGUAUGCUGGUGUGUGUGGGUCGGUUCUGAGCUGCUGAAGCUCGGUGUGUAUAGUGGUGUGUGUAAGGUGCUGUGAGUGUGUAAAAGUGUGUGCUGUGGAUCUGCUGAGAUGAGGUUGAGCUCGUGGUCGCUGAGCUCCGCGGUCUUCAGGACGGGGUUUGAUUUCGGGCAGAGAGAGGGGGCGCACUGGUUCCCCGGACACAUGGCUAAAGGAAUUAAGCAAAUGAGAGCAAGUCUGAGGAAAGUCGACUGCAUCGUGGAAAUCCAUGACGCAAGAAUCCCAUUUUCUGGAAGAAAUCCUUUGUUUCAGGAGAGUCUCGAUGUCCGGCCACAUUUACUUGUUCUAAAUAAGAUGGACUUGGCAGACACUUCAAAUAAAUGGGCUAUUCUGAAGCAGCUAGAGAGAGAUGGUGUUAAGAAUGUUCUGUUCACAGACUGCCUGAGGCAAAGAGAUGAGAGUGUCAAAAAGCUAGUUCCUCUUGUGACUCAGCUAAUAGAGAGUUCACCACGUUUUCACAGAGAUGAGGACAGAAGUUACUGCCUGAUGGUGAUUGGAGUGCCAAAUGUUGGAAAGUCUUCCCUGAUUAAUGCUUUGAGAAGAAUAAACCUACGAAAAGGCAAGGCCUCAAAGGUUGGAGGUGAACCAGGAAUUACCAAAGCUGUCCUGACCAAAAUUCAGGUUUGUGAAAGACCCCCAGUGUAUUUGCUGGACACACCAGGAGUGCUGCCUCCAAAGAUUCAGAACAUAGAAACUGGGAUGAAGCUUGCUUUAUGUGGUACCAUACUGGAUCAUUUAGUUGGUGAGGAUAUCAUUGCAGAUUAUCUGCUCUAUUCACUCAACAGGUUACAGAGGUUUGGCUAUGUGGAAAAGUAUGAACUGGAAGGACCAUGUGAUGAUAUUCAACACGUGCUGAAGUCUAUCGCUGUGAAGUUAGGCAAGACUCAACGUGUGAAAGCUAUUACUGGAAUAGGUGACAUCACCAUCAAAAUGCCAAACUACACUGCUGCAGCCUACGACUUCAUCAGAGCCUUCCGUAAAGGAGAGCUUGGCAAAGUCAUGCUUGACUGAGAACCCAAGGAAAACAUGUGGCUUCAGUUAAGAAGAGACUCAUAUGGUUUGCAGCUGGUUUCCCUGUAUGAGGGCAGGUUUGACACUGCAGCUUGAAGAGGUACUCGCAUUUGAUGGAUUAAAUUAAACUUCUAUUGCAGAGGAGAUGCUUUGGUGCUGUUACUUGUACAUUGUACAGUUUUCUGAUAUGACGCACAAAAACGUAUCUAUGUAUUUACCAUCAUUACAAUCUGAAAACAAGAACAAUAAAAGAUCUAUUUACAAUAAA